CGACAACAUCUUUACUCUCAUCACCAUGUCGACGUCUUCAGAAGACAACAAGAGCAGCGCUAUCCGCUUUGGUGAGCGUGAGAUUGGCGACUCUAAUAAUCGACCUACAAAGACCGCUGCCUCUGCUCGCCAUGCACAAUUCGAACUGGGUGACUACAAUGACUCUCCUAGAGAUGAAGCAAUGGAUGGAACGGCAGACGCAUAUGGAUCUGUGCCAUCAGACAAGCGAGACAUGAUGCGUAUGGGCAAGGAGCAAGAACUUCGAGUGAGUGCUUGCGAGGACCAAUUUCCUAUUCAGCGACACGCAUUGAUAUUGGCAUACAGNAGAGUAUUCCGACAAGUCUCGCUGUUGUCGUUCACUGCCAUCUUGAUGGCAACAUGGGAGUUUGUUCUUAUGGCCUGUACGCAAGGUCUUGUUGAUGGCGGUCGUGGUGGUCUGUUCUGGAGUUACGUCUGGGUCAUGAUUGGAUAUGGAUUCAUUGUUGCGAGUUUGGCAGAGAUGAGUUCUAUGGCUCCCACUUGCGGCGGUCAGUACCACUGGGUCUCAGAAUUUGCACCACCGAGGUGUCAGAAGUUCCUGUCGUACAUCACAGGAUGGGUGUCGACUCUAAGUUGGCAAGCCNNGGGCUUCCUUUGCGGAACUUUGAUUCAAUCCUUGAUCAUCAUCAAGAAUCCCGAAUAUGCUGCACCUGGCUGGCAAGGCACAUUGCUCGUCUUUCCCGUCAUGCUGGUCUGUGUCGUCUUCAACGUCUGGUUCAACCGUUGGCUGCCAAGCAUGCAAAAUGCAGUCAUGGUGUUGCACGUCGCCGGAUUUUUGGCAAUCAUGAUAGUUUUCUGGGUUCUCAGUCCGCACGUACCCGCAAGGGAGGUAUUCCUGGACUUCCAAAACGAUGGUGGUUGGCAGACGACGGGUCUCGCUCUCAUGAUCGGUCAAGUUUCUGCAGUUGGGUUUCUUGGAGCCUCGGAUGCAGCAGCUCAUAUGUCUGAAGAAGUGAAAGAUGCCGGGCUNUGGUGGACCUACAUUGUGAACGGUCUCCUCGGUCUAGUCAUGCUCGUUUCAUUCCUGUUUGCUAUGCCAUCAGUCGAGGAUGCCAUCAACGAUGCGACUGGAUACCCGAUGAUGUACGCUUUCCAGCAAGCAAUGCCAAUGACUGGCACCAUUGUCCUGGCUGUUUUGAUGAUGAUCUUGUUGAUGGCUGGUAACAUCUCCUACCAAGCCUCGACAGCAAGACAGACCUAUGCCUUUGCUCGCGACCGUGGCUUCCCUGGUUCUCGCUGGUUGGGAUAUGUCAACCCGAAGCUGAUGAUCCCGGUUAAUGCUGUUAUUUUCUCAGCAGUAUUCACCAUCAUCUUGUCGUUGAUCAACAUUGGAUCUUCGGCUGCUUUCAAUGCAAUCAUCUCACUUGGUGCUGUAGCACAGAUGGGAACAUACGCCAUUUCGAUCACUUGCGUGCUUUACAGACGUUUGACGGCCCCGCACCUCCUCCCCAAGGCAAGGUGGAGUCUUGGCCGUUGGGGUGUGGUGGUCAACAUUAUCGGCCUUCUUUUUGCUUGGGAGGCUUUCUUCUGGUUCGACAACUUCAACUGGGCACCGGUCAUGUUCGUCGCAGUUGUUGUAGGAGCCUUGAUGACCUACUUCUUCCAAGGCCGUCGUGUCUACUCGGGACCAGUCGUUAUUGUGCAAGGCCGUCAGGAGGAGACACUGACAGCU